AAGUUCAGUGUGCGCAAUUUCGAACAUGCAAAGGAGGUACACGCUGUUUGCCUACCUGUUGUGGCUGUUGUUGGGCUGGUUAGGAGUCCACCAUUUCUAUCUCCGUCGACACAAACAGGGAGUGCUAUGGCUGACGUCCUUCAGCGGCUUUUUCGGGAUCGGUUGGUUGCGGGAUUUCUGGAGGCUCCCGACCUAUGUCAGAGACUCCAACGACGACCCAGAGUUCCUCGAACAACUUAACGUGAGAUUUCGUCACUUGCGAGGUCCACGUGUCUUCAGCAACUGGCACCGUCUGGUGGGCCAGGUGCUGUUUGGAGCGUUCUACCGUGGACUGAUCCACUGCGCCAUUCCGUGGGAAAGCUCUGUCAUUGACUUUGCUGCACUUAUCGUUCCUCUAGGGACUGCCUUCGGUACUUACAUGGUCAGUAAUGUCGGUCGACAGAAAAGCCCGUUCUACCUUGCUCUAAUUGGGGCAUAUGUUGGUGAGUUUCUAAUGGGAGAGCCCCAUCUUGUUCUGGAAGGGAGCAACGCUGUGUUAGUGGCUGGAGUUGCCAUGGUGUUUUCAACCUACGGCUGGGAGUGGAGGAGAGACAGAGAGGACAUGUCGUGCGGCAAGUGUCUGUUAGUUGUGGUGUUGGUCUACGGCAUAUUCAUCGGUCUCUGCUGCUCUUUCGUCUACUUCAACGCAUCAGUCGAGACGGAAGACGGUGAGACAAUCAAAGUCCGCGACGCUCUAGAGAAUUUCUUCAACUCUCCGGCAUGGCAGCAGAUAAAGACAGCGUUCUGGGUACUCUUGAGUGACAUCUACCAGUCGUGGCGGACAGGUGGCUACGAAAAAGCCUGGAGCAAGUUUGUUGACCUUGCCGACAUAGAGGGGGAAGACCACGCCUAUGAUGUGCUGGAGUUGGAGCGGGGUGCAGAGUUCAAGGAGGUUAGGAAGAGGUACAAGGAGCUGGCGAGGGAGUGGCACCCCUGACCAUCACCAGGGAGACGAGAUGAAGCUCAAAGCUCAGGAGCAGUUCAUGAAGUAUAACAAUGCCUACAAGGUUUUGGAGGGAAUUCACAAGCGGAGGAAGAAGUACGGUGAUGACUAUAUGGACUGACGCUCCGCUCUUUAGUUGUGUUGUCAUAGAUUACAUCUUUGCAUCGUUUCCGGCAC